AUGGAAGCUGAUGACGUACUCCACGAUGUAGAGGACGUCGAAGUACUUCUUGACGAUGUGCGCGUACCAGAAGAUCUGUUCGAAGACCCUCAUGACCUUGGGGUGCCUCUUGUCCCUGGACCUCCAGGCCAGCGUGUACACACGACGCAUGUCUAUCAGGAUCUGCCUCAGUCUGAAACGACAACGGAGCACUACGGUCACCAGUCUGCUGAUGAUGAUUAUCGGGAGUAUAACUCAAGAAACCACCUUGAUGCCGCGGCCGGCGAGUCAUUCCUCACUUGUUCGUUCAUUUUGUUAAUUCUGAAGACCACGGAUAUUCCUACUUUAGUGUACGAACCUGUUAAAGAUGAAAGCCAUCCUGAAGCUGGGGUCGUUCUCGUAUCUCUUGAGUAUCGGUAUCAGGUUCUCCAUCCUCUCCUGGGUCGUGUAAAUGGAUUGUCUCAUCAAAUUGAGUAA